GAAACGAUUGUGAUGUUGUUUGGUGAAGUUUGGAUGCUUAAGUUAAACAAUUGUUUUUUGGUACUUCGCGUGGGUAUAUUCACCGGAUAAUUUUGUGCAUACACACACAACGAGAACUAUUUCGGACAACUGAAAGUUUUGUGGAACGAUGAAAAACAUGUAUUGAAAACAGCAAAACUACCCCAUUGUCUAUCUAAUAUCAAGCAGGUAGCAAAUGGAUUUGAUCAAUUCCAGUGUGACGUUGCUCGUGCUGUUUAUCAGCGGUUCAUGCGCAAACUGGAAUGAUUGGUGGACAUACGAAGGCAUCUCAGGGCCGGACUUCUGGGGUCGGCUAAACCCAGGAUUAUGGGGCCUAUGCAGCACAGGUCGCCGUCAGUCACCGAUCAAUAUUGAACCCCAGAGACUACUGUUCGAUCCACAGUUACUGGCCCUGCAGGUUAGCAAGGCCCGAGUACGUGGAGUUCUUCACAAUACCGGGCAAGGAAUUGUAUUCCGUCUAGAAACCCCUGACACGUCAGCUGGAGAAACCCUUGGUCUUCAGUCGGAUACUACAGGGCAUAUGACCGACCAUGGGCUAACAGGAACUGCAAGGAACGAUUAUAUACCUUCCGUAAAUAUUAGCGGAGGGCCCCUCUCGUAUUCAUAUCGAGUCUACGAAAUACAGUUGCAUUUUGGCCGAGGAGAUCAUCAGGGAUCAGAGCACCUUCUUGCCGGCAUCGCUUUCCCCGCAGAGAUUCAGAUUUACGGGUACAACAAUGAGCUGUAUGACAACGCAUCUGAGGCUCGAAGCCGGGCCCACGGAAUUGCUGUGGUGUCGAUAUUUGUUAAGGUCACGCAUCCGAAAGAAGCGCUUGGCCGAGGUGUUCAAGGCUUCCCAAAAGAAUCAAAAAUGUCCAAACCUAACUUAGAGCUUAAAAUGCUCACAGAUCAGUUACAACAUAUCACGUAUAAAGGUGACAGCGUUCCACUGAAGACCCUUUCCAUUCACGAACUGUUGCCCCCCACUUCAGCCCUUAUCACGUAUGAAGGAUCCUUAACAGCGCCAGGAUGUGAAGAAACAGCUACGUGGAUACUCCUCAACAGACCUUUGUACAUGUCACCGCAACAGCUAGCAGUCAUGCGAAAAUUAAAGCAGGGGGAUACUGUAUCACCAAUGGCUCCAUUAGGGAACAAUUUUCGACCUCCUCAGCCUCUGCAUAAAAGGGCUAUCAGGACUAACAUUGAUUUGAUACAUACCGACCGCGUAGAGAAAACGCAUAACCGUGGAAGUGCCGAUAGCGACAACGUCGACGCUUCUGAAACUUUCUCAACAAGCAAUUGUCCCUCUAUGGAGGCGAAAAAGUUCUACCAAGUAUCUCCUGAGCAUUUAACUGUCAGCUCUAAUUUUCUUGACAGCCGGUGAAUUCUCCAGAUGCCUCAGUAGCUACCGGAGCAUCAUGAGGUUAUAGAAGGACUGUUUUUAAAAGAAAUUAAAUAAGCGAUUUGUUAGUAAAGAUAGUUGCAAAUACGCUAUCUUCAAUUUGAAGUGAUAGUUGGAAGUACCGUUGAUACGACAUUCUUAUAACGACGGAUUGCUCGAAUCAACUUCAGUGAUCUGUGAGUUUUAAACGGUACAAAAGUUGAACCACUUGAACUUUGUGGGAGAAAAGUGGCAGAAGGGGAACUGCGAUCAUUUUGACAAUACAAUGUACCUUCUAACUUUAUUACGUUCAUUAUUGAAUUGAACUGUGACAACGAAAACAUAUCGAGGACGGAAGUCCAUAGUGCUAUCUCUACUAUUCUGUUGUGCAUCGACGAUUUAACAUAGGAUCCUUCAGACAGAGUACAAGUGCGGACAGCAUAAGAUCUUUCCUACUAUUCAUACUCAAAGAACCUUGUGAACGUUUUAUUAUAACUGUAUGCAAGUUUUGACGGACAUGUUCAGGGAUUUUUGCGCAUGUGAUAUCCGCUCAAGGGCUCUGAAGAAAUAGGAAUCAAAAUCACAACGAAGGUCUGGUGAGA